GUGUAGGAUUCAUGGCGGUUUUCGCCGUUUCCGGAAGCGUUGUUCUUCUCGCCCAUCAAUUCAACAAGCGUCUGCUUUCUCAUUUCAUGAAGGAUAUUGAGUUUGAAUUGGGUGGCUUGCUGUAUAACCAUCACCAUGUUCCACACAAGAAAUUGGGUGGGCAUGAGAAGAUCCAACAAUGCAAGAAGACGGUUCGAUUUGCAGAUGAUGUUGCAGAACCAUCAUCAAACAACAAAGAGUAUCGCAAGAGGCGGAUGACGAAGCAGACCAAUGAUGGUCAUGGUGACAAACUUGAGAGCACCAUGCCACUCAACAGGCAAGCUCUUUACAAAGGGAUCAUUGAGUUCAAGUCCCUCAAGGGUCAGCAUGUAUAUUGACUUCAAUAAAUUCAAACUUAUUUCAGGUUGUUGUUAA